AGAAGAGCAAGAAGACACAAAUUCCGAAUUUCAACAAAUAUUUUUUAUAUUUUUUUUUAAACGCGAAAAUAAAUCGCCCUUGCUAAUAAAUAAUUUUGCAUUUAAUUUUUCCUGAAUCAUAAUUUUUUGCAUCGCAUCCAAAGUAAUCCAAGAUAACAGCAAAAAUGUGUGAGCAUUAUUGUGACGAUUUGGAAACAUUCAAUCCCGAAAUCGAGUACCAGAAGUUUCUGAAACGCAAGCCCAUCGUGCAAACGGCCAAACUGUAUGAGCAGCUACACACGCGCGAGAAGAUCAAAUGCCCUUACAACUUCAAGGGCUAUGGCGUGGAGACAGACCAGAACACCAUGUAUCGCACUUGCAACUCCGAGUAUGGUUACUACGCACCUAAUGCCUACACAAUACCCGUGCGCUACUUUCCGCUGUCCCAGAAAUUCUCCAAUGAACUUCAUCGGUGCGGCAUGUACCGCAACUUCUCACUCAACACUCUAAUGGAUCGCGCCUAUUUCUAAGCAUUUAUGCUGCUGGUGUCUUCCACGGUAUAUACCUACAUAAAUUUCAAAAGUUAUCCGUAUUUUGCCGAUUCGGUGUACUGUGGGUAGAUCUAUGGCGCGAGACAUGUUCAAAAGCUUAGUAAAACCAAAUUAAAUUAAAAAUGCUUAAUAAAUUGAAUCACUAAGA